UAAUCUAUGGUAUCGAGAUAUCGCAGUCAACACUCGAUCUGACUUGAUCAUUACACGUUAGAAUAGAAGGGUUAUAGUCAGUUACAGUGGGUUACGGUUACAGUUGGCCACGGACAGACGUUUAAAAGAUUUAUCUUUCCAGAACUCGUAUCUCCUACGGAAAUUAAUUGAAAUCACAAAAUGGCUGGAAUAUCAGAUGCUCUGUAUAACGCCAUUUUCAAAAGAUCUUCUACCUUCGCCUUGACCAUCAUGGCAUCCGCUUUCAUAUUUGAACGAACAGUCAAUUUAUUAUCUGAUACUUUUUUCGACAAUCGUAACAAAGGGAAAUUAUGGAAAGAUAUAAAACACAAGUAUGAACAAUAAAUAAACUGAAUGAUUUGUUGCUAGUAAAAUAGGUAUGUUAUAUUGUUAAUCUUAUACAAAUAAAGAACAAUCUUUUAAAUGCAUAAUGAUUUUAUUUACGACUCUAUUACUAAACGGACAGUUCUUACUGCGCUUUACUGUAAGAUUGAAAUAAAAAUAAAAAAGAGGA